AUGGAAUCACUAACUUCCAGUCGCAGAUCCUCCUCAUCCUGUCGCUCAUCGGCCCGGUACAGCACCUCCAGUUGCUUUCGGUCAGAGAGCUCACUGACCGGAUCAUGUGAUACCCUGGAUGCCCUUCUACAGCCUUUUCUUGACUCGCCCGAGUCUUCCAGUUUGUUUUGGGAAGAGGGCAAGGACCCGUUUGGCAGGCACAGCAGAUGCUCCUAUGGACACAGCACUCCAGUGGGUAGCGCUGUGCCGGGUGGCCAGAGCAGUGCUGGCGGUGGCAGUGUGCAAUGUGUAGGAGAUAGCUACCACGUGUCAGCGGACGUCAGCCAGUUUGAGCCACAUGAUGUUGUGGUGAUGGCGUAUAACCACCAUGUUGUCAUUCAUGCUGAGAAGGUCAUGGACGACGGGAGCAUCAGUGACACAUUUACCCAGAAGUCCCUGUGUCCCAAGGACAUGAACCCCCUUUCCGUGCGUGGGACCAUUGACCAUGAUGGCAUCUUGGUUGUGAGCGUCCACCGCAGCAACACUGCAGAGGACCAGGAGCCUCUGGCAGUCCUUACGAAAGAAACUCACCUUUGA